GGCAUAACCUCGUGUUGAAUUGUGGGAAAGCGUGCCCCUAACAAUCAUGGCUGACGCGUUUGGAGACAGUCUGUUUAGCGUGUUUGAUGAUGAGCAACAAACGGCCACGAGCAAAAAGAUACCUGCCUCUGUGGCUCCAGAAACAGGGAAAACUGUAGGUAAAAAUGGCACAGACAAGGAUGCUGGUCCAUCUUCCAAGCUCAAGAGGGAGGCAGACAGUGAUGGAGGAGAGGAGGUGGUGUUUGGGAAGAAACCUCGACAUGAGACCAUCACUGCUAAUGACCUGAAUCUUGCAGAGUUUAUGCCCCAGGUGAAGGUGGAGCAAGUUGAAACUGUGGAAGGAUGUUCACAUGAGGUUGCUCUGCCUGCCAGUGAUGAAUAUAAACCACUGAAACCUCGAGUGGGAAAAGCAGCCAAGGAGUACCCUUUUGUUCUUGACCCGUUCCAGCGUGAAGCCAUCUUAUGUAUCGACAACAAUGAAUCUGUUCUUGUGUCUGCCCACACCUCUGCUGGCAAGACCGUCUGUGCUGAAUAUGCCAUUGCUCUGGCCCUCAGAGAGAAGCAGAGAGUGAUCUUCACCAGCCCCAUCAAGGCUCUUUCCAACCAGAAAUACAGAGAGAUGUAUGAGGAGUUUCAGGACGUGGGCCUGAUGACUGGUGACGUCACCAUUAACCCCACCGCCUCCUGCCUCGUCAUGACAACAGAGAUCCUGAGGAGCAUGCUGUACCGAGGCUCUGAGAUCAUGAGGGAGGUGGCGUGGGUCAUCUUUGAUGAGAUCCAUUACAUGAGAGAUGCAGAGCGUGGCGUGGUGUGGGAGGAGACCAUCAUUCUUCUUCCUGACAACGUGCAUUAUGUCUUCCUGUCAGCCACCAUCCCCAAUGCCAGACAAUUUGCUGAGUGGAUUUGUUACCUACAUAAGCAGCCAUGCCAUGUGGUGUACACAGACUACCGUCCCACUCCACUGCAACACUACAUCUUUCCAGCAGGGGGCGAUGGUCUCCACCUGGUGGUUGACGAGAAUGGCGACUUCAGAGAGGACAAUUUCAACACAGCUAUGCAGGUGCUGAGAGAUGCAGGGGAUUCUGGGAGCAGCAGUGGAGGCGGCAAGUGGGACCCGAGGGGACGUAAAGGAGGCGGCACUAAAGGUCCAUCCAGUGUGUUCAAGAUAGUGAAGAUGAUCAUGGAGAGGAACUUCCAGCCUGUCAUCAUUUUCAGCUUCAGCAAGAAAGAGUGUGAGGCGUACGCUCUGCAGGUGGCCAAACUGGACUUCAACAGAGGUAUGAAUGCUUUAUGAUACAGCAUAUGGCUU